AUGAGUGAUUAUCCCUAUACUCAGAUGCCUGGAAAUUGCCAGUCGACGGAUUACAACUGCUACUCUCAGAUCAAGGAGCAGUACAAGAGCAAUCUGCAAAAAGGCUUCCUCGACAAGGAUGGUGCUUACCAUCCUGCCUUAAAGACCGUUAUUGUGAUCAAUGAGCCGGAUCUCAAAAUUCCCGGAGAAUCCAAGCCAACCGAGUUCAGCAGGGCAAUCGUGAGUGCCAUUGAUGGCAUGCUGGAUGCCGAGAAGGAAGCUGGUGCCAAGUCAAACCUUGUCAAUUUCACCGCCACCUUCUCCUUUGGUGUGUGCACCGCCUGCAAGGGCUCGAAGAACAAGCCCUCCCUGGGCCAGAUGCUGGAGCUGCAGCGUGCCAUGGAGAAUCCCGAGGCCUAUGGGUACAAAGCGAAGAACGAUCUGGCAAAAGUGUACCAGACCAGGUUCACUAACAGCUUCAACACAAACAACCCUGCCACUGACAUUCAGCCGCUGUUCCUCAAUGACUACGAGGCUAACUUCAAGAGCACGCCCGUCUUCAUUGGUGAGUACCACUCCACAAUGGUGAGCAUUGGAAAGGACCCUUGUCAGCUGAACACCAGUGCGUGUCUUACUUUAGGGGUGGGGAUCAGCUUCUUCGAGUAUCAGGUCCGUUAUGACAAGGGCGGCUCAGAGAUGAGCUUCGGCAUGUUUGGCCUGGGGGCGCAGAAGAUCGCCAGCAUGAACUUCUUCGGCGUGCCGUUUCCUGUGUGGUGCCUGACCGAAGUUGCGGACAAAAAGUCCUCUGGUACAACGGUCGUCGACGAGUUGGCCAAGGCAUUUGGAGGAGCUGGAAUCGAUGCAAACGAGCUUUGCGUGAUUGACCCGCAGAAGGUUCCCUUGUCCGAGGACGGCUACCAGGCGGUGCUGUCCCUGAAGAAUGUGGAUAAAAUGGCUGCUUUCGUGUCUCGAGUGGUGGAUCACAUGGGAGGAUCCGUGUCGGACAAGAAGAGUCUGGAGGAUUUCGCAGCCAAGUACACGGGCAAGACGCAGCUGAGGAGUGAGGCCCGAGUGGAGCGCAUGUUGGCCGGCCUCAGCUUUGCCCAAAUGGCAUCCGAGCUUGGUCAGC